GUUACAGGUACUCUCAGUAUAUCAGUAUAUAUAAGUUACUCUAUGCAGGGUACUACUUGAAUACUUUUUAGUGUGUUAUGUGUAUUUCAAUUAAAUUAUAUUGAAGUAUAUAAAAAAAAACUAAACUGUUUUAUUUGCACGUUUUGAUACAUGUUAGAUUCCUCUUCAGUGUUUUUAUAAAUUCCGAUAAACUAAUUCAUUGUUGUUAAACACUUGCAUAAAUCUUAACAAACAACUCGGACGAUAACAAUGGCAGACGACGAAGUGGAUCCGAAAGAAUAUCGUUGGGAAACCGGCUAUGAGAAAACCUGGGAGGCAAUCAAAGAAGAUGAGGAUGGUUUGGUGGAAGGCCUGGUGGCGGAGUUCGCCCAAAAGGCGGCUCGAAAGGCAGCGGCGCCGCGCAAAGUGCCCGUGAGGCUGGGCAUGAUGCGGCAUCUUCUGGUAGCCGUGGAUUGCUCCGAGGCGAUGAGCUGCCAGGAUAUAAAGCCUACUAGAUUCCUUUGCACACUAAAGUUGUUAGAGAGAUUUAUAGAAGAAUUCUUCGACCAAAACCCCUUGAGUCAACUGGGCCUGGUGCUGAUGAAGAACAAGAGAGCAGAGAGGCUGACUGAAAUGUCAGGAAAUGUUAGAAAACACAUAAAGGCUGUACAAGGCUUGUCAAAUAUUGCCCUGACUGGAGAGCCCUCACUGCAGAACACGUUGGAGUUUGCAAGUCGUGUCCUCAAACCCCUUCCUGGGCAUGCUUCAAGAGAACUUCUGGUGUUAUUUGCCUCACUCACUACUUGUGAUCCAGGGGACAUAACUACAACUAUACAGAGUCUCAAGACCGACGGUAUCAGGUGUAGUGUAAUAGGACUGGCAGCUGAAGUCAGGAUCUGUAAAAAGUUAUGUCAAGAUACUGGUGGCGAAUAUGGGGUGAUACUAGACGACGUCCACUACCGAAGCCUGCUGCUGGACUGCACGGCGCCGCCGGCGCGCGCGCGCAGUCUGGACGCGGGGCUCGUCAAGAUGGGCUUCCCGCACGCCCCGCCCUCCGACCAGGACAACAGCGCGCCUCCGCCCGUCACGCAGUGCAUGUGUCACUUGGAAGAAGGCGAAGGCGUAGGCACAGAAGGGCACCUUUGCCCGCAAUGUCGCAGCAAAUACUGCUCCUUGCCCGCGCAGUGUCGGACUUGCGGCCUCACGUUGGCGUCAGCGCCACAUCUAGCCAGAUCUUACCAUCACCUGUUCCCUGUGGAGCCGUAUGAAGAAAUACCAAAUGAAGGCCAAGCUCAAUACUGUUUUGGGUGUUUAAGGCCUUUUGUGGAACUGGAUAAAGAAUUGCACCGCUGUCCGCGUUGCCGCGAGCAUUACUGCUGGGAAUGUGCAAGUGCGGUCGCGGCGACACUGCAUGUGUGUCCGGCUUGCGCCUCGCGUCCACACCUGUACCAGCGGCUGCCGGACCACGAAUGAACUGACGACAUGUUAGUGUGUAGUUACUUUUGGCAAUUACUGAGGAUGUCACAAUCCAAGACCAUAGACUUUUCAAGUGUGUGCCCGGCGUUCAAACUUGUACCAGUGGUCGUGUGUGUCACUUGUUUGUGAGCAUUUGUCACCGGAUGCUGGCUAUUAUUGAGGUAUGUACACUCCACGGCCACAGAUAGGAUAAUUUCUGGGGAGUGAGCCUUACCACUUAUUUACACAAUUUUUGUUGUUCAGACACGUUUAGUAACGAAUAUACUCGUUACUCGACUAAAUUACUGUAGUCCGAACCAGCCUUUCAUUUUGAAACUCUGUCUACUCACUCGUAACACGCUUGUCUGCAGUGCUAACGAUUUUUGGAAUAUAUCAGUAUUUGGACGCUCGAUGAAACUUGAGCAAAUUUCACGGCUACAACUACCAUUAAGACGCUAUUAUUGAGGUAACACGAACGCAAGCAGACGAAGUAUUUGAAUGUUUCAUUUUUAAAGUUUUCAUGGAUCCUCACGUAUCGUGGUCGUAGAUGAGGCACAAAUAUGACAAAUUUAGAUAGCUCAAAUAGAAUGUGCUGAUAUGCCUAUGCGUAACCAUAGAAUAAGUAAUAGUAUAAUACUAACGUACAGAAAUGGCACUUCCUACAACCCCGAAGUUUGACAGCGAUUCAGGGUCGAAUCAUGCUGUCCCUUUCUAAGGUAUGGCGCUAUCCCUUUCGGCUAUUUAGGGUUGUCAAAAUUCAAGUCAUUGUCUUAUUGUGGUCGUGCACGCAAUGGGACGUCAAGUUGUGCCAAACAUAAUAAUUGCUCGGAGCAAUGCUGAGCCGAACGGAACCGAGUUUGCCCGAAAGGAGUGUCUCCCCACUGGCGUAACUCGGGAACAGCAUUAUCAGUGAUAUUCUGUUAUCGAACAUUGUACUGUUGUAUAUUCUGUGCUGCUAUUUAUAAAUCCAUCCAUCAGUUGGACAGUGACAUUUGAAUAUCAGUCUUAUUGGUACAUGAUAAAGUUCAUGUUCAUAAUUAACCGCUGGUAAGGAGACUGCUGUAUUAAGGAGAAAAAUAAACCUACUGAUGAGGGUAACGUGACUAUAGUUGGUCAAGCAAAUGUCAUUAGAAAAGGCGCGAAAUUCAAAUUUUCUAUGGGCCGAUAACCCAUCGCGCAUACCUUUUUUAAAUUUGCAGCCUUUUUCUACUGACAAGAUUUGCUUGACCAACUAUAUAAUACACUAAAUAUUGAACAUUGAAAUAUAAAAACAGUAUAUUUUUUUAUAAAGUGUUUAUUUAUAUCACAAUUCGCUCUUCCACUGAACAUGUUGUUUAUAAGGUUUUUUGCCAAACUUACGUCAAUACUCUAUCUAUACCUACUAAUACUUAACCGUUAUGCUUAUUUCGGUGUAAUGAUGUUUUGAGUUUUUGACAAAUGCAUAUAUAACAAUGAUUUUUAUCGACAUAAACAUGUUAUUCAGAUAUGGUACUUGCUGUUUUUUUUGUCGAUCAAAAUAACUGGGCCAUAGAGUAGAAUUGUUUAACCUUUUGCACCCCAAGGACGGAUAAUAAUUAUAACCGCGCCCGAUAAAGUCAAUGAGCGCAGUCUUUUGUCAAAAAUAUGACUAUUAUUCCUUGCAAGAUUUAUUUAUUUUUUAUUUGACGUGGAGUAUAAUAGAUUAAAUGCAUUCACAAUCAACAAGUAUAGAAUAUAUACAUGUACAUACAACAUUAAACAGUUAAGAGACAUUAUAGCAGUCUAUAUUAUUAAAUUGUUUAACAAACAACAAUUCAGUUUAAAUCACAGAUAAAAAAUCUCGCAAUGAGGAAACGUAGUGCAGCACUGCACACGGCCUUCGGCGUCUCGCUUUAAAUAUUAAAAAAAAUAACGCUAAACGUCAACCGAUGCUGGUAUGUACAGUCAGCCACAAAAAUAUCCGAUUCCCCGGUAGAAGUUUGUAUGUGGGUAUGUAGGGUCAGAAACCAUUGGAGGUGACUGUACAUAACUAUGUCGUACAACCUGUACUUCCUUGAUGAAUUAAUAGUUAUCAACAUUAUUCAGCUAUUGGAAAUAUGUUGUUGCGGUAAACUACCUUUGAACGGCUUGAACAACAUAAUUACCGAUGCAAAUUAAGAUUGCUUAGGUCCACCUAAAAUGUUACCCAUUGUUUAGAAUGGAAUAAUUGUGAAAAUAUUGCAAUAAGUUAUAUAUCAAUACCUUAAAACUUGAAACCCAGGUACUAUAAAAUUAACUACAUUAUAUCACAAAGCAGCGUAUAGUUUAUUAUUCGAGUUUUAUUUACCUACGUGUUAUAAUGUAAAAGGCAAUUGUAUCUCCCUUACGACCCGAGAGAUGUAUUAUGAAUAAGAUACCAAGUGGCUGCCUUACUUUGUAUAUAAAACUAACAAGUGUUUGACAAUAUGGUUAUCAAAAUAUUUCUGGUACAUAAAAUAUACAAUUAUGCACGAUAGUAAUCUUGCAUUUUUU